GCAUUAUAAGCAUAACUUUGUAUGUGACUGUUUAUGCCGUCUUAUCCUCUCAAUCGGAUCCCAAAGAGACUCCAAACGAAAUGAGACAACUCUACACGCAUAGUGCCCUUUGAACCCUGUUUAUGUCUGUAGCUGUCAUAAAGAUGAGUUGCAGUGGAAUUGUUUUUGUCGUAGGAAAUGGAGCCUAGAAGAAUCCUCACACAGGUCCUGUGUGUGUUCUUUCUUACAACUGGACGAAAUGAAGGAAAGCUUGAUGCAAAGUCGUGUUCAGGACGGCCUGCAUUGAAAUUAGACCAGGCAUGUCUUACGUUCCAUAACCAGCUACCAACCGGAGUUGAUGUCCUCUACACAUCUGAUUACUGCUACAAGUGUCUGUACCAGCCCCUGGUCAGUGUUCUAAAUGGUCCCCAGAAUGCAUCUGUCGUGGUCAGCACCGUCCUCACUCUGACACUGCAGUUACAACCAAUGGGCAGGAACACAACUCUCUGCAGUUGGAGUCAGUUGUAUGAAGAAGCUGGCCAUUACUCUGUCUGGAUCCAAGAGUCAGAAUCUCCCGUCAAUGUCAUUUGCUAUCAGACUGUGGAUGUCAGUCCAAAUAACAUCUAUUUCCCUCUGUUGGUGGCAGCUCUUCUCCUGGCACUUAUUGGUCUCCUAUGUGUCGUUGCUCCCUACCUGUACAGGAGGCGUUGUACGGCCAAGCUUAUCAAGACCAUUUGUCGCGAAGGACCGCAACAUGCAAUGGAUGUAGAGACCCAAGGUUGUGGGGAUGAGGUUAACAGUACCCAACCAAAACCAACACGACUGCGCUCAUUGGACACUUUCCGAGGACUUUCCCUGACAAUCAUGGUUUUUGUGAACUAUGGAGGUGGAGGGUACUGGAUAUUUGAACAUGCACCUUGGAAUGGUCUGACUGUGGCUGAUCUUGUGAUGCCUUGGUUUGUGUUCAUCAUUGGGACGUCUGUAGUAUUGGCCUUCACCUCCAUGCAGAAAAAGGGAGUUAGCCGUCGGCAGCUAAUACGCAAGCUAACAUGGAGAACUGUGGUCCUCAUCCUUAUCGGCUUUUGUUUCAUGAACUACUCUCCAAAGGAUGGAUUAUUAUCUUGGUCUUGGCUGAGAAUCCCUGGAGUCCUCCAGCGUCUGGGAUUCACCUACUUCAUACUGUCUAUGAUGCAGACGUUCUGUGGCUUGAGAGAGAUCCCACUGAGCAGGAAUCGCUGGUGGGACCCUGUCCAGGAUGUGGUCUUGUAUUGGCCAGAGUGGAUCUUCAUUCUUCUCCUGGAGGCAUUAUGGCUGUGUCUCACCUUUCUAUUGCCUGUGCCUAACUGCCCCACAGGUUAUUUAGGGGCUGGUGGGAUUGGGGAUAAUGGCCUUUAUCCCAACUGUACUGGGGGAGCAGCUGGGUACAUUGACAAGUGGUUAUUGGGAGAAAACAUCUACCAUUGGCCAACAUGCAAGGCAAUGUAUCGUACUACCCAGCCCUUUGACCCAGAGGGGGUUCUGGGUACUAUCAACUCCAUUGUCAUGGGAUUCAUGGGGAUGCAAGCGGGAAAAAUUCUACUUUUUUACAGGAAAAAUGAUGUCAGCGUCCUCUCCCGAUUCCUAGUGUGGGCCAUCCUCCUGGGAAUCUCCGCAGCCAUCCUUUCUAAGUGCACGCGAGACGAAGGAUUUAUACCUGUCAAUAAAAACCUUUGGUCUCUGUCGUAUAUCACCUGCAUGGGCUGUUUCUCUUUCCUCCUGCUGGGUGUCAUGUAUUUCAUCAUGGACAUUAAAGGCUGGUGGGGCGGCCAACCCUUCAUUUACCCAGGGAUGAAUUCCAUCUUUGUGUACGUGGGCCACUCUCUCCUGGGGUCCUACUUCCCCUUCAGCUGGGAGAUGCGCUUUGUGGACAGCCACUGGGAGAAGCUGUUCCAGAGCCUGUGGGCCACCUCUCUCUGGGUCCUCAUCGCUUACCUGCUAUACAGGAAGAAGUUCUUUCUCAAAAUCUAAUAGCGSCACAAUCCAACAAUCCAACUCCAGUGUUUUGCUUUCAUUCUGAGCCAUUGUUGUGGGAAUUAUUGCAAAUGCUUGAUUGUUUAUUGUUUAACUCUAAAGUGUGUUGUGAUUUUAAAUGCACUUUAAAUACAGUUUGUUUUGAUCUGAUGUGAAAGUGUAUAAGUGGACAAUUCUGUUAUCUAUGUAAUUCAUUAAAAUCUGUACAGUGGUAUGUUGUAUGUGGUAGACCUAACCACACUACACUCUUAGAAUUAGUAGUAACUUAAGGAACCCUGGAGAUCCUCAAAGAACCCAUAUAGCUCCUCAAGGAGCCAUUGCUCGUCAAUGGUUGAUAUUUGCACCUUCGGUUAGUUGAGGGGUUCUUGGAGGAACCUUCAAUGGUUCAAUGUAGCAACGGGUUCCUGGAGGAACCCUGGAGUGGAGGCGUGGCUUAGUAGGGGCAUGGCUUUAAGAUAGAUACUUUUCUGGCCACCUGUUUAGAGUAAUUGUCAUUCCUGUUUAUCUGUUCUGUUGUAUUGUCGUCACGUCAGGGUUAAACACUGACAGUUGUGUUGCUUCAAUGAAGCUAACAGAGGUAUAUGAGUUCCUCAAGAGCCUAUGCAAAUCCCAAAAUUGGAAUAGUUAACACUUUGUUACUAUAUGUCACCAGCAGUGUUAAUAUUGUUAAUAUUAUAUGCAUAAAUAGUCAAGGAAAUGUUAAAUUUGCAGUGUACAAACUUAACAUGAUGAACAGGAAUUACAUUUACACUAACGGGUGGCCAAAAAUAACUAUCUGAAAGCCACACCUCCAAUCUGAUAGACUGGCACCUCUACAAUAUAUUAUUAAAAAGGUUCCAAAUCGAACCCCUCCCAUCACAAAAAGGUUCCGUUUUGAACCUUUACACAGGGGUUCAUUGAAGACCAUUUUCAGAGGGGUUCCACAAGGAACCUUUUUGAACUGGAAUGGUUCUGCCGGUGUUGGAACCCAAAAGUUUCUUCCAGGCACCUCUACUUCUAAGAGUGUAAAGUCUCUUCCUGAUAAUGGUAUGGAAUCGGGUCUAUUUUACAGCUCAAUUACUAGAAAGGGGAACUGUAUUGAAAGCAGAUGUCUGAUUUACUGGUCUGUAUGGACACCCCAGGAUUUUUUUUACAUGAUAUCAGUUCUGUUGUGCACUGAAUAGAGUGAUUCAAUCAAAUAUACUGAGGUGGUACUCAACAACUUAGAGCCAGUGAUUCCCCUACACCAUGUUAGCCAUCAUGAGUCUGUUGCCAUGGCCACUCCACCUCUCUUAGGCAGAGAGUGUGUGUACCAUCUGCUCUCCGAGUGACAGUUUCAUGUGGGUCAAGAUGGACAGCUCACUAAGAAGUGCCAUUAAUAUGAACAUCACCUCUUGCACUAAUACAAAAUCAGGGAAAUAACACCACUCAAUUCGCCCACUGAUAUUAAAGCUGCCGAAAAUGUCCCAGAGAGAAAACUAUAAUUUCAACUUUUUUUAUUUUUUUAUUUUUUWAAAUCUAUUCGUAUUUCAAAUAAAUUCUGGAAAGUUCUUGGUUGAGGAGUUAUAUCAGUUGGCCUUGCACGAGCAAGAAAACGCUUAGUUAAGAACUAGGCCUACAUUGUUCCAAGCACUCAGCUAUACCUGUAUUGUAAGGGUCGGUUAGCUAAAUAGAAUUUGAUUGAUUGACAUUGUCUUGUGGGAUUGCCAUGUUCCAUCUCUGCAUUGCUGAGAUACAAGAGGGAUGUUAAGAUUUAACUCCAUUCCUGAGAGGACUGCUCUGAGUCAGCUCUGGGUAAUUGCACUCUAAAAUAUUAUUUCACUAUGUACGGAUUUAUAAAUGAACAUGAAAAAGUGCUAAAAUGGUUUAAUGAACAUCAUUUCAUAAUUUGCAUGUUGAAUAGCUGUUCAUUUUCAUUCUGUCUGGCAGCCUUUUCCUGCAGUCAAAUGACCAAAUCWCCCUCUAGUGGCCUCAUAGGUGGAAUGUUAUAAUUUUUUAACAUAAUUGUAUAAUUAUAAAUGAUAUUUCAGUCUUCUGUGAUGUAUAUAAAGUGUAAUAUUGGGAUGCAAACUCAAAAUGUAAUACAUUUCAACUCUAUAUCUGAUAUGGCAUAUCAGCCCAUAACCAUAUGUAUGAGGUGUAUACUUUUGUUUCAAAGUAGAUMUGUUUAWGACUACCAAGAAACAUUCUGCGACCAUGAUUUAGCCCACUGCAGUAAAUUCAAUUGGUUGUAGUACUGAGUGUG